AUGUUGAAAUCAAUAAUUUUUAUACAAAAGCAUUAACUGUUUGAUAUCGAAUAGAUGCAAAGUGCAUAAUCAAAAAGGAUUCUAACCAAAUAGAGUCCAUAAUCAAUUAAGUCCAAUAAACUUAAAUUAUCAUUUCAUCAAAAGAAUGUCAAACUCAUAAACAUAAAUGUCAAAACUAAACUACGAUCUCGUUCUUUUCCAACCUUAUUUAACCCUUUUAAAUAUAUAGAAGUUAAAGGUAUCACUAAAAAAUAGUCUAUUCUCCACACUCAACACUCCUUGAGUUCAUAAAAAUACAUUCGUAAAUCUAGACCUUUGAUAAUGAGUGAAAAAGACCUUGAAAAACAACACUAACAGUAAACAAAAGAAUUAUUUAAACAAAGAAGAAGAAGUUGUGAAUGUGAAUUUUGUGGACCUUUAAGCAGAUUCCAGAAAUAAUGUAUGAAUCAUGAAUUCAGAGUAUAACAUUUAGAAAAAGAAAGAGAAUCACCUAUGCAUAAAUUUCAAAGAUCUAUUAGAAAACAUUAAAUUUAUGUUAUGGCACCUUAUCUUUUUGCUGUUGAGAUACCUACUGAACCAUUUGAAUCAUCCAUCAUUAGAUAAAAUACUAUCAAAAUUGAAAAAAAAAAUACUCAAUUACUUGAUGUAAUUAAAUAAGAAGAUCCUCUUUAAAUUAAUUCUUCAAAAAUCUUAGAUCGAACUCCAACUAAAAAACCAAGUUUUUUUGAAUCCUUUUUAGUCAAAUAAAAAGAAAUUAUCAAUAGUGAAAAAAGUAAACUAAUCAAUAAAUAAUUUUCAUCAUUAUCUUAUCAUCUUUUAUCUAGAAAUGCUUAUAAAUCUAUUAAACCAUUUAAAUCAUAACUUCCUUAAAUUCAAACAUUAUUGAAUAAAUAAGAGCCUACCCUAUCUACUGAAAGAAGUGCAUAUAAAAAAUCUGAAAAAACUAUUAAGGAACUUUACAUCAAACCAUUCAUUCAUAAAUAUUCAUCAAGAAUCAGAUUAGCCACACUCCCAGACUUAAUUCCAAAUCAUAUUUAAUGA